AUGAACGUUGGUAGCUCAGUAGGAACUCGUGUGGAAGCAAUAGGGAUAAGAGAGCAAGAACAAGAUAAAAAAGGGACAGAAAGUUUUGAAGAAGGUGUAGCUAGAAGCUCUAAAGUAUCAAGGAGUUUGAGUUUAAAUUCACUAUCAGCUAAUGAAAAAGUGCAUGAGAACUCAGAUCUGGAAAGUUUAGUUGGUGAAAACAAGUUUGAUGGCAAUGGAGCAGUAACUAGGAAAUCAGAGGAAAAACUAAAUAGUGAAGAUGGAGAUAACAAUGCUAGUAAAGGAAAGGAACAAAAUAAGGAGUCUAAGCAGCCAUGGGUUAAUAUGUGUAAGAACAAUCGUGUAGCUAGAAAUGGAAUGCAGUUAUCUUAUUUUCCUCCACAAAUAGUGAAUGGACAAACGAUGGUGCAGCUGGAAGGGAAAGAGCAAUGGUGUCCUGAGUUUGAUUUUGGUAGAGAGUUUUUAACAGAAAUCCCUUUGUGGGUGAACUUUCCAAAAUUGCCACUUAAUUGUUGGGGUGUGGGAUCUUUGAGUAGAAUUGCCAGUGCUAUUGGAGUUCGUCUUUUUGCUGAUGAGUGCACCACAAAGCAAACAAGAAUCUCAUAUGCAAGAAUGCUUGUUGAAGUCAAUGUUACAAAAGCUAUACCUCAGCAGAUAGCAGUCAUGGAUCCAAAUAGGAAAACAUUUAUGCAGGAAGUAGUGCUAGAAUGGAGGCCUCAAUAUUGUGAUAAGUGCCAGAAAAUUGGUCAUCUAUGUCAAGUGGAACCAGAAGCAAAGGAAGAAAUGCCAAAGAGAAGAAGGCCAUGGAAAAAAAUAACUCAAUCAUGGCAAUACAAAGGACCAAUAUCACAACAGACUGAGCAGGAGAAGGUACCUGAACAAGCAAAAGAGAACAGUCUUAGUCCACAGAAGAGUAAGCAGGAGGUAGAACAGGAGAUAGAAAAGAAGCAAGAUCAGCAAACACCAAGGAAUAUUGGUGAGCACUCUAAUAAUGCAGAUAAUCAGCUCGAAAUUAUCUUGGCUAACUUUCCUGUAUUGAGAGCUAUACCAAUUAGGAUUGGGUUUGAGAGCCUAAUGCAUAGUAAAAUAGCUUCACUAUCUAUUGAUAGAGUGGUUAAAGAAAGAAGUAAGGAUCAUCAGAUUAUAUUGACUGUGAUGUAUGGAUUUAAUACAAUUGAACAGAGGAAAAGUUUGUGGCAAGAAAUGAAUAUAAUGUCAAAAGGGAUCUCUCAACCAUGGCUCAUAGUAGGGGAUUUUAAUGCUAUUCUUUCAACUAAAGACAGGUUAGCUGAAGUUCCUGUUACUAUUAAUGAGAUCAAAGACUUUGCUGAGUGUGUGAGGGAUAUUGGUGUCAAUGAAUUACAAUGGAAAGGUAACUGCUAUACUUGGACUAACAAGAAGUGUGGGAGGGAUAGAAUUUCAAGUAGAAUUGAUAGAGCAUUUGGGAAUGAUGAAUGGAUGGAAAAAUGGGGGCAUGUUAAUGUAGAAUAUGGGAAUCCAAGCAUAUCUAAUCAUAGUUCUAUGUAG